UCGCAUAUAUAUCUCUUUCAAUAUAUCAGGCAGAUUCUGUUUGCAUUUGGAUAGUCAGAGAGAAUGAGGCCUCUUCUUCUUUUGACGGCGUUGAUUGUCAGUAUCAAGGCAAGGGACUUCUCUUUGCUAACUGGUUCUGAAAAGCACAACUCCACAGAUAUAAAAGAUGAUGGACAAGCGACCAAGUGUAAUGAAAUGGAAUUUAUAAAAUAUAUGCUUAACCAAGGCACUGGUGUUGGCUUAGCUGUGGCCAAAAAUGUUCAUACAUUAGUGGGAGACGUUGAUUCUAUAAAGCAAAGUAUCGAAUCGGCUGAGAGUGCGAUGAACAACUUUCAACAGACGAUAGAGACAUUGCAAACUAAAAUCAACACCCUUCAGUUGGAAAACCAGCGUCUUGAAAGCAUUGUAGUAAAUUGCCAGGGUACGAUUAAAAAAUAUGACGAAAAGCUGAAAACUGCAGACAAAAUGAUCCAAGCUUUCUCCGAACGCCUAAACGUCACUGAAACAAAAACGAAUGAGGAUCGUCAGGCCCUGUUAAAUCGAACAAUUAUUUUUGAAGAUGUUCAGAUUGAUGUUAAGAAUCUUUCCAUGAAGCAAGAAGACCUCAGUAACUCAGUUUCUAAACUAGAAGGCUGGGCAAGGAAGAUAGAGUAUAAUCAGCUAAAUAUGACAUCAACGCUGGCUUUGUUAGAAAGUAUCACAAUGGAAACAUCAAAAGAACAGAAUGAUAAACGGCAUGAUAAUGGAAAGAGUAUAGUUGCAUUUACGGCGGGAUAUGACCAAUUUUCACAACAAGAUAUAACGAGAACCGAUAUGGUAUUUCCAAAGGUCAUCACAAACAUUGGAGGAGGUUAUAACCCACGUGAUGGGGUUUUUACAGCACCCAUUAAUGGAAACUAUGUUUUCUACACAGCCAUUGUGUCUUGGGAUAAUGGAAACAUAGCAACAGAUAUAGUUUUGAAUGGUAAAAGUCAAGUCCGAACAUUUGCAGAUAGCAGAGGAUUCCAGACGAAAAACCAAGAAUACGUUUACCAAACUGGAACCAACUUGGUUUGCCUAAGCUUACAGUCUGGAGAUAGAGUUUGGGUUAGGAAGUAUUCUGGAGUUGGUUUUAUCAUUCUUUCGGUGCCCAUGCACACAUUUUCAGGAUUUUUGUUGCAGAAUUAAUAUUUCUGUUUUAAAGUAGAACAUGGUCUCUCCAGAUGACCAGUGUUAAUUUCGACAAAACCUUUUCGGGGUUUUCCUCAACUACCUGUAUUAUAUUUGUUCUGAAACAUUUUAAAAUUUAGAAGCGGCUCAAACUCACAAAGAUAUUGU